UGCGCUGCCAAAACUCCUUGAGCUGAAUCGCCCCCACACGACUCCCAGGUAGGCCUGCAUCAUCUGUCUGCAGUCUCAACGUCUUGAAGAUAUCAUCUUACCUAUAAUUGGUGCAUUGGUUACAAAGAGGGAAAUAGUUCACCAUGUCCAGGAAGGUUGUGAGGACCAGUAAGUUCCGCCACGUCUUUGGCCAGGCUGUGAAAGCUGACCAGUGCUAUGAUGACAUCAGAAUCUCCCAGAUGACCUGGGACAGCAAUUUCUGCUCUGUUAACCCCAAGUUCGUGGCCAUGAUUGUGGACGCCAGCGGUGGGGGAGCCUUCAUGGUGCUUCCGCUGAGCAAGACAGGACGUAUCGACAUGUCGUACCCUACUGUAUGUGGCCACACAGGUCCCGUCCUGGACAUCGAUUUCUGUCCUCAUAAUGACAACAUCAUUGCCAGUGGCUCUGAGGACUGCAGUGUCAUGAUUUGGGAGAUCCCGGAUGGCGGGCUCACCUCACCACUCACAGAUCCCGUUGUCAAGCUGGAAGGUCACUCCAAACGUGUUGGCAUCCUGAGCUGGCACCCGACUGCCCAUAAUGUGCUACUGAGUGCAGGCUGUGAUAACGUGGUGAUCCUGUGGAACGUGGCCUGUGGGGAAGCGGCAGUGAGGAUCGACAGCGUGCACACUGACCUCAUCUACAGCGCCUGCUGGAACAGGGACGGCUCCAGGAUUCUCACCUCCUGCAAGGAUAAGACCCUGAGGGUGCUGGACCCACGCAAGGGCACCGUCGUCCACGAGAAGGAGAAACCUCAUGAGGGCUCCAGGCCAGUCAGGGCGGUGUUUGUGUCCGACGGGAAGAUCCUCAGUACCGGCUUCAGCCGCAUGAGUGAGAGGCAGGUGGCGCUGUGGGAUCCGAAAGACUUUAAAGAGCCGCUGACCCUGCAGGAGCUGGACACCAGCAGUGGCGUCCUCCUGCCAUUUUUUGACCCAGACACUGGGGUCGUCUACCUCUGUGGCAAGGGCGACAGCAGCAUCCGUUACUUCGAGGUGACAGAUGAAGCUCCUUAUGUCCACUACCUGUCUAUGUACAGCAGCAAGGAGAGCCAGAAGGGGAUGGGCUACAUGCCCAAGAGGGGCCUGGAGGUCAACAAAUGUGAAAUUGCCAGAUUCUACAAGCUCCACGAGAGGAAGUGUGAGCCUAUAGUCAUGACGGUGCCCCGCAAGUCGGACCUGUUCCAGGAGGAUCUGUACCCAGACACCGUUGGUCCUGAGCCCUCGGCCGAAGCCGAUGAGUGGUUUGAAGGAAAAGAUGCUCCACCCAUUCUGAUAUCCCUGAAGGAUGGGUUUGUAGCUACCACCAAAGCUAAAGAGUUCAAAGUUCACAAGAGUCUUCUGAAGACUACGACCGCUUCUGCGGGGAAUCAACAGGACAACAGCGGGGAGGUUCAGUCUUUGAGGAAGGAGGUGAAGGACCUGAAAGAAGCAGUAGAGGAGCUGACCAAGCGUGUGAAAGAGCUGGAGAGCAAGCAUUAAGCUCGGAAGAAACGAAGAUGAGAAGUCACAAGAGAACGAUGGAGCAAAAACUACAGAGAAAAAAAGUUUGGUUAACUUUUGAUUGCAAAGGGAGAGAUUCAGACAGCAGGUUCCACAAAACUAUUUUUAGCAUAAAGCUUGAAUUUGUCUGUUUGGUUUGUAUGAACAAUUUCAAUAAUAAUAUAUGCUUUUAGUUUGAAAUAAAAUCUUCUGUAUUUUCAAA